UACCCACCAUUUGUCCUCUCUCUCUCUCUCUCUCUCUCUCUCUCUCUCUAUUAAGGAGCAACAACAUUCUCUUUGGAGAAGAAGCUAUACCAAAGCUUGUUGAGGUUCUACAUAGUUUAAAGCCCAUUUUGAGGAUACGGCGAGUCUGCAACAACACUGCAUCAAAAGCGAAGGAUUCGUUGGAGAGUUGAGCUCCCUUCACAAUACAAUGCCGCGAUCCAGGGGCUCUGAGUUGCCGCAGCAGAGGGCGUCGCCGCGGGCGCCGCUCCACCUGAAAACCACCGCGUGCUCCGACGCCAACGGCAGCGUCCACCACCGCCCAGGUGCGGCGUCGAGUCCCAAGCUCGACGACCGCCGCUCCCCUCGCAGCGCCUUUCACGAGAAGAAGCGCGGAACUCAAGUGGCGGAUUUGGAGACGAAGCUGAAGAAGGCACAGGAGGAGCUGAAGAAGCUGCGGGAGCAGCUGGCAUCUGCCGAGUCGGCGAAGACCGACGCGCAGGCCGCCCUCGAGGAGGCCAAGAAGCGCGUCGCCCCGCAGUCGCCGCUGCCGCCACCGUCGGCCCCCAACCCCGUCGUCGCUUACGAGAACACGAAUUCGGCAUUGCAAUUGGGGACCGAUGAGGCGGAGGAGGUCGGCGACGCACCGCCGUCCCCUGCCACCGACGUUUUCGAGGUCGUCGAGGUCGCCGCCGUCCCCGCGGAGUCGGACAACAAGGAGAAUGUAUGCGUCGGCACCGAAGACGGAGACGAUCAAGAGGUAGAGUUGGGAGAAGAGGCCGAGAAGACGAUGAUGAUCGUCGAGAAGAACGAAUGCGCAGAGAAGAAGAAGAGAGACGACGGCUAUGCUGCGGAGGCGGCGGAGCUCCGCGAGAGGGUGGCGGAGAAGGAGAAGGAGAUCGAAGCCGCGGCGGCGGAGAACGCGGAGCUCAAGAAGGCGGCGGAGGCGGCGGGGGCGAGGAUUAGGAGGAUGGAGGAGGAGUUGCGGGACAGCAGGGAGAGGGUGGGGAGGUUCGUGGAGGAGGUGGAGGCGGCGGAGGGGGCGAAGGAGGCGGCGGAGGCGGAGGUGCGGCGGCUGAAGGUGCAGGCGGAGCAGUGGCGGAAGGCGGCGGAGGCGGCCGCCGCGAUGCUGGCGGCCGCGGACGAAGGCGCGGUCGGGCGGUGCGGGUCGAUGGACAAGCAUCUUGUGGCAGGCGGGAGCGGGUACGGAUGGGGAUCACCAGCGGUGGCGAUCGGGGAGGAGGCAGAGGAGGAAGGGGGGGCGGCGGCGGCGGCGGGCGCGGGGAAGUGGCGGGGGGGGGGGNCGGGGGGCGGGGAUGAGGAUGCUGGGGGAGCUGUGGAGGAAGAAGGGGCAGAAGUAGUUGAGUAUUAA